UCUCGGCCACCGUAAAUGUGACUGUAUGCAGACAGAUAGUGAGUAUGCUGCUACUGCUGCUGCUGCUCUGGUAACCCCUCACCUACAUCAUCCUUUUGUGCACGGCGUGCUGCAGGUUGAUAUCUCUGCGCUCUGUCCAGCUGUCACCGCCUGCAUUGGCUCACCAAGCAGACACACGUAGGCGCGUAUCAGACCGACCAACCCCCUCUUUCCCCGGCAGACUGAAGAGCCGGCAAGCGGCGGGACAGCCAGACACUGACGACCCGUCGCUGCAGCAGCUCCUGAGGGGGACGAAAGGGACCGAAGUCUCCACUAUCGAGUAAGUUUGAGGAAAUACGUCGUUUUUUUUCUUAAUCGAUCGUGUUUUUUUGUUGUUGUAGCGAGGAAAGUAAGGUUUUGUUUCCCUGCAGAGAGAGGGAGGGAGGGAAGGAGGGAGGGAGGGAGGAAGGGGGUGUUUCUCCUGUUCCCAAUCUGCGUUGCCGGUUUGAGAUCUGUGAUGUUGGAGCUGAGGGGUGACAGACGGUUAUUUUCCCCUAAAAUACAGCAAAACCAACAUUAUAAACAACCCGAAAUGUUAGAUGAAGUGUUUCUGCUUCUUUAUAUGAUCCAUCGUCGUGUUAAAACUACAUAAAAUCAGCUGUAAUCUGUAUUUUUAUGCAUGAUUUUAAGACGAUUAGGUUCCUUUUUAUGUAAAAAUAUUAACACGAGUUUGCAUCGACCUAAACUAGGCCUGCAGCACCGAGAAGACAUUGUUAUUAUGAUGAUAAUACUCGCCUUCUUAUGACCAAUGUUAUGCAAUACAACAUAUAUUAUUAAUUAAUCGGUGCAUUACAUUUAUACGUUUGAUUCUCCACGUUUAAGUUGAAUUUUUAGUUAAAAAUACGGGUUUUUUUCUGCAGUAUUUUCUCCUCCAGCUCUGUCCCUCCCGGUGAAACUCGUGCCUGAACACGUUGUCCUAGUGGGGGUGUGUACCUGAAAAAUCAGAGCUUAGCCAAUCAGAGGCCGAUCCCCGCCCACUCUUUGGCACUUGUUUACUACUGAAGCUGCACGCUGAUUGGUGGAAAGGGUGGGGAAAAUCGGGCUUUAUGCUGGAUUCGGGUAAACGGGAAAGAAUGGGGAGAGUGGGGAUUUCUCUCGUUUAAGUGCUGCAUUGCUUACUUCUUUACGAUAUAUAUGACUAUAAACUCCUGUUAUGUGAAAUAAUACAAUUAAAAAUCAGUGAUCGGUUGAUCUGUAGUGUAUUCAUCCAGUAGUAAAGGACCCUGCAUGGGAACAAAUCGCAUCAAAUGAGAUUUUGUCGUUUAAUUUGCGUCUUUAUAAGUUUUUAAUAUUAGAAAUAUAAUUUCAAAAUCUCAAAUGAAUAAACUGAUGCUUGAUUCAGAAUAUUCAGUUCGCUUUCGGACCUUUUAGUCUUCCAUCACUGUUUUUCCGACGGGCCCUGAACGCACCAUUGCCCCCAUUUUAUCUGUUUGGUAGACGGGCCCACAGUUAAUGCAACGAAACGUCAGAUUAUGUUGGGGAAACGCGUUUUCUGUCACGUACUCAUCAGACGACCAAAGUACAGUGAGAGUUCGGCCCGAUCCGAUCCGAAGAUUGUGAUCCGAUCAGAUAUCGGCUGUAAUUUCGAGUCAUUUGACCUCAUGGCUCUGCACUGAGGGGAAAAAAAGCAAGAUGGGAUGAAUGUAUGAGUGUCUGAACAUGUAGUGUAGAUGUGCAUAGAUAAAUAUAGGACUGGGAAAUAUGGGGAAAAGUUUAUCACAAUAUAUAUUUUUUCAUAUCAGAAGAUAUUGAUAUAUAUCACCAUAAAAAUAUGAAAUUUAAGAGUGCUUAUUGUUAGCAUGUCUUUUGCAAUAGACCAGGUUGUGACGUUAUUUUAGAUGUUUCUAAUGUCAGGAGCAGGGUCGUAAUGUUUGCCAAUUGUUUGUUUUGCCGAUUCAUGCAACACAACGGCUCCUUGUUAUUUUCUUUCUCCGUUGACUCCGCUAGUAAACAAAUAAGAAAUGUCCCGCUUUCUGCCCCAUGGCUGCGUGCACAUGCCUGCGAUGACGUUGCAGGUUUGCUCUUUGACGUUUUGUCGUAAGGCGUUGCCCUAGAGAAAUCGGAAUGGUCGGCUGUUUUGACUGUACAGGCGCCGUGGGCUCCUUGCUCCGCUUGGGGUUUGUAACCUUUGCCGUGUUACGCUGCUUCAGGUGGUGAAAAAGAUUUGAGGUAUUCCCCGACUUUGUGAGAACAUGUACUCGACAUAAUUUGCAGUGCACAUUACUCUGCUUCAUGUCCGAUCUCGAAAAACUAAAAUACCUCCACACCACCAAAGUUUUCAUACCAGUGUUGUCGACCAUGUCGUCAUCUGUUGAGCCUUCAUUUGCAUUUCUGUCGGGGGUAGCGCUCAUUUUCUUUGCUGUUGGCUUCACAUGCUAAAGUGCUACGUUUGCUUGUAGCUGCUGUUUGCUACGACGCAGUUGUUUGCUACUUGGUUCUAAUUCAGCACAUGAUUGGUUUAGCGCUAAGCAGACUGGAGCAACUCCCUUUUUCAUUGGCUAUUCGUAUAGUUUAUCAAAACAUGGAAGAGGGAAAUAAAUUUUCGAUAUAUAUGUUACCGUUUUAUCGCCCAGCCCUAGUUUAAUAAUACUGCACCAUGUUUGUCUAUGUUAAUUAAGUAGAUGCUUUGUGCAAAUCUGCUGCAUCAUUUUCAUGUCGUCCACUGUGUCUUGUCUGCAGGGAGGUGUGACACUGUGUUGGGUCCCCUUACUGUGUGCAGCAGCACCAUGGCAGCUAUGGGACCUAAUGACAGAGGUGGAGCAGAGGCAGAUGGGACAGCAGUGUGCUCACCGGUGCUACAGGCUCAUGUCUCGACAACACCGCACAGCAGCAGCAGCAGCGGGCCUGACUGUCAGCAGAAUCUGGUGAGGGACUUCUUUUCCCCGUGCAUCGGGCAGGUGUCUUCAUCUAUUCAUUCAACUACUUUGACUAGUUUUUGUGACCUCUGUGCAAAUGUUGUAUACGCUGCAGCUGGAGUGACAAAUUUGUUUUGUACCCAGCCUGAAAAAGCCUUCCAUGAGAACGAGCUUCCCAAGAACAAGACCUCAGUCCCUCUGAUGCAAAGGGAGAUCGAGCAAGGCUGGAGCAACCCCUUCAAAGCUGCUAUGAGACCUCCAGCACACAUCAGCAACACGGCAGCUACAGGAGAGGCACCAUACAGGUAAGAGGAGGGAUAACUGUGAGUUACAUGUGGAGUACGGGCCAGAAAACUCAACAGUCUGAGUGAAUUUAGUCUUCUUAUGUACAGCUUCCGCAGUCCAGAUUCAGUGGAGAUGGAUGAGAUCAUGGCGGCCAUGGUUCUGACCAGUCUGUCCUGCAGCCCGGUGGUCCAGAGUCCUCAGCAAACGGAUCCUGUAACAGGUCUGUGUCAUCUUAUUGAUACACACUCUUACCUCCUCAAACAGAUUCUUGACUUCUGUGUAAUAUAGAGAAAGAGAAGAAACAAGAAUUCACCUUUUGCUGAUUUUUACUCCCAGGUGGCUCGUCGUCCUCAGCAGACAUGGAGUGCGGUGGCGGCGAGCUGUCCGACAGCGGCAGCAGCGGCUACUGGAGCUGGGAUCACGGCAAUGUGAGUCCCGCCCCCUCGCCGUCUGUCACUGAGAUGGACAGCAGCCCCGAUGAAGGCCUCCACAUGGAGCUGGAGCAAGGAGAAGAGCUUAACGCCAAAAAGCCAAAGGUGCAUAUCAAAAAUUCAGAAGUCUGUAAUCGCUGUUACUGUUUCUGUCUCGUCUGUUUUCACCAUCCUUCCUUCCUUCUAUCUUCUCACCUUCUCUUGUUUUCUUCCUCUCCCUCGUAGAGCUCUUUCCGAGGUGUUUACAAAUGCCUGUGGCCCAAUUGUGGCAAGGUGCUAACGUCUUCAGUUGGAAUUAAAAGACACAUCCGUGUGCUGCAUCUGGGGUGAGUGAAAUUAACUCUGGUGCGUGGGGGAUCCAGAACUGGUCCAGAUUUGUUUUAUCUGUCAGUUUCUACGGUGGCCAAGAACAGCCACAGAACUGCUGCAAAUAAAAAAGAAUGCAAAAGAAAGAAGUCACAACAGAAGUUACUGAUUCAAAGAAAAAAGGAAACCCAAGACUGCUGCAAAAAAAAUGAAUGCAAAAAAAAGAAAAAAGACACAACGGAAGUUACUGAUGCAAAAAAGAAGAAACCAAAGCCCGCUGCAAAUAAAAAAAGAAACAGUGGGGAUAAAAAAAAAAAAAGAAACCACAACUGGAGUUACUGAUGCAAAAAAAGGAACCAAAGCCCGCUGAAAAUAAUAAAAGAAAUGGUGCAGAUAAAUUUUAAAAAAGAAACGGUGCAGAUUAAAUAAAAAAAGCCACAACGGAAGUUAACGACGCAAAAAAAGGAAUUGACAAAAAUAGAACGCCACUGCUGCAAUUAAAAAAAGAAGUCACAACAGAAGAUACAGAUGCAAAAAAAGAAACCAAAGACUGCUGCAAAUAAAAAAGAAGCGGUGCAGAUUUAAAAAAAAAAAAACACCAAAAAAAGUUGGCGAUGUAAAAAAAAAGUUACUGCAACAAAUAAAAGGAUGCAGUUAAAAAACCUACAACAGAAGUGAGCUGCUGGGGACCAAUAAUGAUGAUGCGCUAGUGUUUCACGAUGUAGGCACAGAAGAAAAGACGAGCAAAGAAUUUCGUGGAAAGGUUAUUGUUUAAUUUCGCUUCGUAAACUUUUCAGUGUGUCAUGUGGUUAGUCCAUGUAACGCCUGAAUCAAUAUGAAGUUGAACUGGAGGAUUCCGGUUUAAUGUUAGCUUUUGCAUCUUUUUUUUUUUUUUUUUUGCAUUGCCACUUUUUUGUGUUGUCAACUUCCAUUGUGGCUUUUUUUAUUCACAGCAGGUUUCAGUUUCUUUUAUUUGUUGCAUCAGUAACUUCUGUUGUGACUUCUUUUUUUUUUUUGCAUUCUUUUUUAUUUGCAGCAGUGGCUGCUCUCGGCCACCGUAGCUUUCCUUCUGGAUCCAUGUGCGUAAAAAAGAGGAGGCUCCAUUUAACUCCCUGUUGUUUCUGUUUUAUCUUCUCUCUGACAGCAGCGGGUCCGAUCAGUCCCAGAGAGAGGAGGACUUCUACUACACCAAGAUCUCCUGUGAGACGGUGGACACCAGCUCCACUCCGGUCCCCCCACAGCCGACUCUGAGCCAGGCUCCUUCCUCUCAUCUCAGCUGGGCCUCUUGCGGUUCCCCCUCCGCCUCGGAGCUCCAGAUCUCUCCGGCUUACAGGCCCAGGUCCAACUCCAGCUCCGGGCCUGGUCUGAGUCGGCCCAGUCCGCUCAGCCAGUCGGCUCCCAGCAGCUUCUGGCAGAUUCAUUCGGAGCAUCUGUAUCAGGUCAGAGCAGGAAUGGUUUUGUUUCUCUCUGCUUUUGUUUUUUUUUAUUUAAGAGAAUAUUAUCAGAAGGUUAUUCUAAAAAGCUGUCAAUCCAAAAUUCAGUCGAUUUUAGUGAAGUAAAGCUCCUCCUUUUAUCGUCUUUAUCAGCUGAUCAUCAAAUAAUCUUCAAUUCUUUGUAGAAAUGCUAAAAGUUUGAUAGAUUAAAACCUGGAAUAACACCACCCAAACUUUUAAAACAUUAUCUUUCCAAAAAUUAAGGUGUCAGAGGCUAGAGGAGAGGAUGACCAAUCAUGUUGCAGGGAUUGAGGCAGGCAGGCUUACAGGCGUUUGAGGUGGUAGAGAGAUCAGAAGAAAACUCAUCUUAAGUGAAAACACGGUCGACAAGAAAAUCCACUCAGCUUGAGGAGUUUGGAGAUACAGAAAACAGAGCAGCAGACCUCAAACCUUCUCCAUUAUUUAAAGAGAUACUACAAGCCUAAUCGUGUCGGACUAUAUGAGCAAAAACGCCGUCCUAAAGUUGUAGAGGUUUAACUAAAAAGAACAUUUUCCCACAUUUGGAUCCUUUAAAUAUCAUAUUUUAAUCUUAUAUUUUUCCCUUCAUCCUGCUCAUUUCAGGCCUGCAGCCCCGUCCAGGUAUCUGUGGCCUCCAAAAGCCCCGGUUGCCAGGUUUGGACGCCUUCUGCCCCCAUCGCCAGCCACACUAACACUCCGGUGAGUCUUCUGCUUCUGAUAGGACGUCCUCUGUGCCUCCGAUUAUUUACCCUUCCUGUUCUUAAUCUCUGGUUUUGUCUCCUCAGAUGGUGAAACCUCGCUGCAGGUCGGUCAGCGUCGGGGAACAGUGGCUCCAACAGAAUAAGCUGCAGCCUCUGAGCGUGUCGCCGUCCCGUAACCACUGCUCCUUCCGGUGAGCCAUCACCUACCUUCACUCUUGUUCACUCCAGCUGCAGCGUAUACAGACACAGACAAGCAGACACACUCUCACCCACAGACACACAGUUCAGAGCGACUAAAGCAUGUUUUUGCACAUGCUUAACUUGUGUUUAGGAAGUACGUAAGUAAAGUUGAUUUAUAGAGCAUAAAAUAAGUGCAAUUAGAUAGAGAUUGAUAAAGAUUAGAUAACUUUUAGAGACAUAUUAUGUGAGACAACAGGCAAUUGAAUUUUCCUUCAGGGAUCAAUAAAGUUCUUCUUAUCUUAAAUAUAAAAUGGUACAGAAAAGAUAAGUACAUAUAGAGACACAAAUAGGAGUACAGGACAGGUGAAUAUGGAAAUAAGUGCGGAUUUAAAAGAUAAUUUAAAGAGACAAACAAAACCCUGUUCAUUAAAAGCUUGUCUAAAUAAAAGAGUCUUCAACUGCUUUUUAAAAACAUCCUCUGGAGGCUACGGUCUUCAAAACUUGGUCGGUUCUGGCCUGACGACCGAAGGAUACGCCCUGAGAAGUAGGGGCACAACAAAUCAGUGAUAUAUUGGGGGGCCUGACUAUGCAGCGCCUGGAAAGUCCAAACUAAAAUUUUUAAAUUAAUAUGAAAAUAGCUAAAAGCCGAUGAAGACGCGAUAAGGCGGGGGUGAUGUGAGCAGAUUUGGGCGUCUUUAGACAAACUGGAGUCUCUUUAUCGCCGCCUUAUUAAAACCGAUGAACAGAGAAUUGGUUUUGACAACAUUCUCCUCACUUUCUCAUGUGAUAAAAACAAUUUUUAGUCAGUUUACAGGACUCAUCCUCCUUAUUUGUUAAUGUUUAUUUUCCCUCAGGUUUAUUUUGUGCACAUUUAAGUUUGUUUCUGAGUGUUUCACUUCUAAUGCAUGUGAUUUCGGUCUUGAUAAUCCGCAGGAAAGGUCGCGGAGAGGCCAAGAAGUGCCGCAAGGUCUACGGAAUCGAGCGCAAGGACCAGUGGUGCACCGCCUGCCGCUGGAAAAAGGCCUGCCAGCGUUUCCCCGACUAAACGGCAACACGGUCGAGAAAGAAGGAGAGAGAAAGAGAGAGAGAGAAAGAGAGAGAGAGUGCGGCGGGUGAAUGGAUGAAUGAGACUUUUAUCGCGAAGAGGAUCUAAAUCAGGGCCCGAGUGCCAUCAAGAAAAACAACUGUUCUCUUACUACACGUGUUUUUACUUCGACCUUUUUUUUGUUUCUAUACUAAAAGAAAAAAAAAUGCAAAAGAGUUUUCUGUAUCUUUGUAACUCGAUCCUGAAAACCGAAGUCGACGGUGCGAACUUUGACCAUGUGAUGUGCUCAGCCUAUUGUACUCCUACACUAUCCAAAGGUCAUAUUACCGCUCCUUUUAGCCCCUUACUUUCAAGACUGCUAUUGCUGUUUUUCUUUAUUCCGACCCUUUCUUCUUCCAGUGGUGACACAGUUGUUAUGAUGUACUUGAUAUCGUGUGCUUUGAGUUACGUAUGAGUAUUUUAUACCUUUUUUUAUCAUGAUGUUCCGCCCUUAUAACGAACGGGCAGAUUAUUUUUGAGGAAAUUUCAUGUUUUUUGGCACUUUGUUGAAAUAUAAACUCACGAGAAUAAGCUACAUUUGGUUCGCCUCAACCAAACUUCUAUACUCUUCCUGCCCAUGUGUUGACAUACAACCAGUGUUAAAGGUUCAAUCCCUGAAGCUAGGGCGUCAUGGCAACGGGACUAGCAUUAGAUGAAAGAGUUUGUAAUAGCAAUAAAAAAAGAGGAGAUAUAUUGUCAAACGAAAAUUAAAAGGCACUGACAAUUUGAAAUGUUGUUU